CCGUGUUUUGUGUUGAAUGCAGUCUGGAGGCAGAAAGAUGGCAGAAUUAGUGUACCCAAAAGUUAGCAGAUGUGCCAUUGCUUGGACAUCAAGGGUUUUUUUAAACUCCCCAGUGGAUUUUAAAAGAAAGCGAAUGAGUGGGAACCAGAAGUGCCGUGUUUACUGCCGCAGACUUCUGGGGCUCGGUGUAGGGUGACUUCCCGUGGGCAUGGGAGGGGGGCAGAUGGCUUAAAUUUGUUGACUAAAUAUUGCGGUUGGUUUAGUGCGAGUGCUUCUCCUCAGUGCAUAACUUCCAGCCCGAGGCCCUGGCACACACACCCCCCCACCCUUCACUUUCAUAAAUCCUGACAUAAACCCUGAUGUUGCGUAAUGUUUUCGGAGAGCUCAUCUGCUUCCAUCUGUCCGUUGUAGUGCCUGUUCCACCUCUCUCUUUAAAAUGGAGGCAGGAUGUCAGUGAGGUGGGACGGCUCGCGUUUAGGAUUAGAAUGAGACAGGUAUGAGCUCGGAUGAGAUGAAGAUGAGCUUGAGGACAGAGAGGUCAGCGAGGUGUCGGAGGGAGGCCGACCCCUUACGUCACACUCCGGUGGCCCAGUGACGGAGCGGCGCACGCAGCCGUGCACAGGCAUCCAUGACUGCUGCUCCAGCUUGGAGACUUCAGCAGAUCUGUUUGUAAGACACAAGGGGAGAAAAGAAAUUCAGCUAUGUUGCGUAAAUCCAUGGUGAGCUCCUGUACUUCCAUCUGGCUACAGACCUUCAUGCAACCUUCCUCCUGCUCAGAGCUUCUCCUCUCCCUCCGUCAGAACCUCCGCAACACUAGCGGUAACUCUGCGCUUCCUGGAAAGUGUGCUUUGCGAUUGCAGUUCCCAGAGGAGCUGGGGAGUGAUUUCAUCAGACGUGCUGUAACGCGUGUACUGUGGCAUAUAGCAGGGAUCUGGAGUGCCAUAUGGUGCACGUGCACAGUGGACUCGUGAACACAGUGGAGUCCUGAAGUCCAAUCUUCACAUCGUACAUCACGCUUUCAGUUUGUACUGUAAAUAUCGUGUGACAUUAAACGCUCUGCUCUGGUUGUUAGCAGUUAUUUGUAUGUUUUUGGUUAAGGAACUCCAAUCAGCUGUGUUACAGAAAAGUCCGUGUCACACAGCUCACCACAGCUCACCACAGCUCACCGAUGGAUCUCCACAGGCGAGACAGCUAAAGCCAGUCUUGUUCAGGACACCAGGCUUGGGAGGAUAACGAGAGCUCGAGUGUGAGAAAGAGUUUUCAGUAAAAAAGUAAAACCAUAGCAAAUUUGGAGCUCGCAUAAUGUUUGAAAGCAACUCUUCACUGUUCCCUCUGAGCAGAUAGCAGACGAACCUCAGUCCUGUGAAUCUAAUCUCGUGUGUGGUGCUCAGUGCUUCACACUGGAGUUGUGGGUAUCUACUUUCUGUUUUCUUCCUCAGCCACGUGCGCAGGGCUGGCACACGGGGAGACUCGAGAAACUCAGCUCAGACGUAUGGAUGCAGGCGGCUUUGAAUUACUGCAAAAUCUAGACGCCAUUUUGGGUGUAUACUGUACUGUAUGUAUAAGCCGCACAUGAAAACGGUUUUUUAAAUGUCAAAAUAUUCUCUUAAAAUUAGACAAAUUAGCACUAUUAGACCAUUUUCUUCCACCACUGGCUAUUACAAAUAAUAAAUAAAAAGAAAAUGUGGGUGUAAUUGUGAUAAAGCAGUUGAAAGCAUCUACAAAUAAUUCCUUUGUGAUCUUAGGAGGACAAAAAAAUUGAAAUCUUGAGCGUGCUAUUAACUGAGAUUAAAUUGAGAUUAAAGUGAGAUUAAACUGAGCAUGUAUAUGAUAGAGGGACUCAGCCGGCCCAGGGAGCGCGUGUGUCUUUCAUAUACAGCUCACAGGUUCACCUUUAUGAGCUGAAAAAAAAUUCUGUUGCUAUGCAAGACAUUUCUGCGGUGAGAAAUCAUUUCCAUAAAGCUUGCUGCUGCAUUGUCUCAGCAUCGACACGCCCUCGCAGCACCUCCUAAACCAUUCCUUAGUUUUAUUCAUUUCUUUUUUUAUUUCUUUUGAGUUUUGGGGGGGUUUGAUUCCUGUAUUCUGUGCAGUAAUCCUCAGUCAAUAGAAUCAAAUUUGGCCACAGAGAAGAAUCUGGAGGGAGUAUAAAACUGAACACAUAUGGAGGUUGGUGGAGAUGAAGAAGUAGAAUGGAGGUGGCGCUUGCUUUUUGGAAACGCCCUUGUCAUGAUACACCCUCCAGGACUCAGGACAGCCUUCUGCCUCUCUCUCUCUCUCUCUCUCUCUCUCUCUCUCUCUCUCUCUCUCUCUCUCUCUCGGCAAAACAGCAACUAAGUGGAUUUGAGUAUUUUGUUUUUUAAAUAAUAAUAAAGAAAAAAAUUAAAAAUCAUCGAAAGCCUCUGUUUGCUCCACCUUCAGACAACUCCAUCAGCAUUCUCGCCAAGCAUGAUUCCUUCCGGAGACAGAAGCAGGAGUUCUACCUGCUUCCCAUCGUGGUGACAGACGAUGGUGACCCGCCGAUGAGCAGCACCAACACCUUGACCAUCCGCGUGUGCGGCUGCAGCAAGGAUGGUGUGGUCCAGUCCUGCAACCCGGAAGCCUUCGUCUUACCCAUCGGCCUCAGCAUGGGGGCGCUGAUCGCUAUCCUGGCCUGUAUUAUACUGUUAUUGGUCAUUGUGGUGCUGUUUGUCACACUGAGGAGACACAAGAAUGAGCCUCUGAUUAUCAAAGACGACGAGGACGUCAGGGAGAACAUCAUUCGCUACGACGACGAGGGGGGCGGAGAGGAGGACACCGAGGCCUUCGACAUCGCCACCCUGCAGAACCCGGACGGCAUCAACGGUUUCCUGCCCCGCAAGGACAUCAAGCCCGACCUGCAGUUCAUGCCCCGACAGGGACACCAUUCCGGCCCCAACGGAGUAGACGUAGACGAGUUUAUUAACGUCCGGCUGCACGAGGCGGACAACGACCCCACAGCGCCACCUUAUGACUCCAUCCAGAUUUACGGGUACGAGGGACGAGGAUCUGUCGCUGGUUCACUCAGCUCCCUGGAAACAGCUUCGUCAGACUCAGACCAGAACUACGACUACCUCAGAGAGUGGGGGCCGCGCUUCCGCAGGCUCGGUGAGCUGUACUCGGUGGGUGAGAGUGACAGAGAUCCUUGACUUCUGGACUUUGCGCACUCUUCGUCACCUUCCUUCACAGGACUUGUGUAUUACGCUAUGGGGGUUGCCAGAUAUUAGGCGCAUUUGUUUAAAAAAAUGGGGCCACCUUUUCCAGAACUGUUAGAGAGACACUGAUAGCAUUAGUCAUAUAACACAUCCAAGUGCUUUGUAACUUUGGGCCGAACUUAGCGGUGUCUGUAGUAGGAGUGUGGUUAGAUUACAGUCAUUGAGUGUCUAGCAGUAUUUCGGGUAUUUGUUGUUCACUGUGACCACCAGACGCAUCAGAGCGUAGAUUCUCGGUAGUCGCUUGAAGAGACUUGACGGAAAGAGAAAAAAAGGUAUUGGACAUGCGGUGCCCCCUGGUGGCCUGGAGGAAGAACUACAGAGGCCUCAAAACGACUCCACUACCCAAGGAACACACAUCCCUUACCGUCAUUGAGCAAAUGUCUGGGAUCAAAACAAAACAAACACACCCCCCUCAACCCCCCUCAGAAUCAACUAUAAAGCAAUAUAUGGUGUACAUUACUCUGUUGAAUGUAUGUAUGUAAGAUUAUCAGCGAGGCAGGACGAGUCUGUGAUAUUGGCUUUACUAGGUUCUAGUUGAGACACCAUUUGAUACUUAAAAGGCCAGAUAUGCUGAACAAGCCGGGUACGACUUGCAGCUCGCUUUGUACAAACUUUGUACUCAUGCUCUUAGUGUGGUACACACAAAUAUUAGUAGCCUACAAAGACCGAGUUGAAGACCAAGUUGCUUCUUUUUACAGAAGCAACCAUUAAAUACCGUUGUAUUUACACUUUUUUGGUACGUUGAUCGUGUUUCUUCAUUAUAACUGUAUGAUUUAUAUAAAUAUAUAAAUAUUCAUUGCCGGUUGUUGGUUGUUUUGUGCCACAGGGUUCAGAAAAAUGUGUCUUCUCUUCUCUUCUCUUUUUCUUUCUCUUCUUUGUCUUUGUUUUGUUCAGCUGCGUUUGUCACCCAAAAGCUACUUUACAAAAAAACAAAAAACAAACAAACAAAAAAAAAAGCAAAAAAUGUGAAAAACGGCGUUGCAGUGACUGCAGAGGAGAGCCGUGGGUAAAUUCUUCUGACAGUGACGUCCACGGAGGGUUUCGACUGAUGCUGUGUGUGUGUAGUAAUAUACUGUGUGCAGUGUUACCAGUGUUCAUUUAAGCACAACAGUCCACUGAAUUUACUUCAUUCCUGGUUUUUGUUUUUUUAGAUUUUUUUUUAAAGCAGAUAUAUGUAUAACUCACUGGUAAUAUGAAAACCAUAAAGUAAACACAUACACUACAGACAUGCUUGCUAUUUGCUCCGCUGUACGACUCUAGAGCAGAGAACCAACGCGUGUAUAUAGUCCCGGCUGACAUUCUUAGCUUUCUUUGAGAACAUUUUGUCUAUGCACGUUAGCUCUUGCACACGGAUAUCUCAGAUAGCACCACAGUUGCAUACAUUAUAGGGCAUAUGAUCAUUUUCAGUAGACUGGACACGAUAGACUUACAUGCAGAUCAGAUUUUCUACCGUGCUUUAAUGCUUAUAUACUUGUAUGUUUCAUUAUCUACUCUCUGUAUUGUAAUCUAAGAUACCCAUGUACUGUUUCCUACUUUGUGAAAUA